GGAAGAGUGUGCGCUGCAACACAUAAGAGUUUUGCGCGUCGCUCAUGUGCCAAUGUGGCCUAUUCCGUGGCUAUGUUCGCUGGAAACACUUCUUGAUACUAUCCGCCGUCACAGCUGUCGCUUUGAUUUUGCUGUACAUGGCCAUACUGUCAAGCGUACGGACUGUUGAUCCGAGACAUCCGAGUCAAGUUGCUUCUCUCAGAGUGGCGAUCUAUGCCCAAAUGGGCAACGCUGACCCAAGCAUUUGGGAAGACCUGUUCAGUUGCAUUUUCAAUGUAGCAAGUGCACAACAUGAUAGUGAAGGAGAAGUGGAUGUUUUUGUCAGCGCAGUGGACGACAAUCCGAACAUCGACAUGAGAUUUUACAAAAACAAUUUGUCUGCGUUGGAAGGCGUUGGUAGGGUUGAGGUGAGAGCAGUGAAGAAUUUGGGAGCUGAUAUCGGGCAAUGGUUUCAGCAGCUUCUGGACACGAGCCUUCCUAGUGUGGAACACUAUUCUGCAGUUCUGAAAAUUCAUAGCAAGUCGCACAUCCAUUGGAGACGCCACAUGACGGAACACUUGUGCGGCUCGCCCUGUGUGGCACGGGAAGCCAUUCAGACCUUAGCCGCGGACCGGUCGGCUCCGGUGGGCAUUCUUGGACCGAAGGACCUCGUCUAUGUGGGUGCCAAUGCCACGUUCACCGCGGCCUUUUGCCAAUUCAUCCAGUGUUGGCCAGGCGACGUGGGAAAACGGCUCUUGUUUCAUUCUGUUGAGUUGGGGUCAAUGAGGUGGACAUGGCGACAGAUGAAAAAGAAGGGCGCACCUUUCUUUGAGCUGGCGAAGCAGAACUGGAGCAUGAUUCCUGGCACGUUCUUUUGGAUCCGUGGCUCCGGAACCUUCCUCAGCGAGAAAUGGUUCCACGACUCGGUACCACUGCUUAUGAAGAAGAUGACGCGAGGUUAUCGAACCGGAAGCUCUGGCAAAGCAGAACACGCGAUGGAAAGAUGGAUCGCGACUUUAGUCCGACAAGCAGGUUUUUCAGUGGCACAGAUGGGCAAAGUUCUCGACUGUGCAAAGAUAGAAAUCCUGACUCCAUGAUAA